UGUAUCACGGAGCGCGCAGCCAUGAUGGUGGAAGUUCAAAGUUUGUUAUCAUACUUUGUACGCUGUUUGGUUGCUCUUUGAUAUACUGAAGACUGCAGAGUGAGGAGGAGAAACUGCAGAGACAGAGAACUCAGUCAUUGGAUAAAAAAAGGAGAAAGAAGAGGAGUGCAGAAACAAAUCAAAAGGUCAUCGCACGGCGGCAGAGAAGGCAGGAGUACAGACAGGAGUGGGCUGUAGAUUCAGAGUUACGCACAAGUUGUGAUCGACUUUCUGGGCAAUCUAUUGUGCAGAGUGCAUCCAUCUUUCCAUCUGCUUCCAUCUGGACCUGGACUCGUAGUGCCUCCAAGCAUCUGUAGAUGUAGCUGAUGUGGUGUGCGUGACUUCAGCAUGAGGACAGGAUUGAUGAUCAGUAAGGCAAACUAACAGAUGACAGAGGCAAGCUGAGACAUGGGAGAGAUAGUGCUCUAUCAGGCGCUGUACAACUACAGCCCUAGUGAUGAAGAGAAGGAGGAAGGGUACAUUGAUAUCGAGGUCAAUGACCUCUUGGAAGUGACCAAUGUGGCCGAGAUCGAGGGCAGCAUUGAGGUGCCGGAAAGCUGGCUGACGGGGACAAACACGAGGACGAGGGACAGGGGGCUCUUCCCUGGCACCUAUGUGAAGUAUGUGAGGACCAGCAAGAAGACUCCACCCCUCCCUUCCAAGCCAAGGAAAUCCAAGCCAUCAUUGCCCCACAGCCAGGAGAACGAGUACCAGUCCAUGGCAGGGCUGGUCAAGACGCAGUCCAGUGCCCAGUCCUCUAUAGAUGACUCCGGCUAUGGCUCACCACAAGCAGCGUCAAGAAGGAAGCAUGUUUUAACUGAGGUGUUCUUUGUCAAGCCAAUCUUGUGUGGAUUCUGUAAGUAUUCAUUCAUGUGGAUCUUUAUACUUACACUGGCCCUGAACUAGCACAUGUAUAAGGGAUUCCUGUGCUCAAUAUAUAUUACAGUACUAUAUAAGGGAAUGAGAUUUUUCCAACUAUCGGGGGAUUUCCAACUUUUGGGGACCCAAAAAUUAUCAUUGGACGAGGCAGCCCACUGGACCUACGCCAUAUUUUUCCACU